AUGUCUUCCUUUCAAAAGCGCCCAGGACCUACUAAUUCUAGUCAGCCCACAGAAAAACCCAGGAAAGAAUCCAUCUUAGACUUGUCGAGAUACCAAGAUCAACGAAUCCAAGCUACCUUUACAGGAGGACGUCAAAUUAGCGGUGUGCUCAAAGGUUAUGAUCAGCUUAUGAAUCUUGUUUUAGACGACGUGGAUGAACAUUUAAAAAACCCCGAAGACGGUAAAUUCUUAGACAAAACCAGGAAACUUGGUUUGAUAGUUGUACGUGGUACUACUUUGGUUCUCCUUGCUCCAAUGGAUGGUUCUGAGGAAAUCCCUAAUCCAUUUUUGCAACAAGAGUAA